AUGGAGAGAUGGAUUGAGAACCACUGUAACUCACAACAGAUACUGCUAGUCGGGGAAGGCGACUUCUCAUUCUCUGCUUGCUUGGCUCGAGCUUUUGGCUGCGCGACUAACAUGGUGGCUACUUCUCUCGAUUCCCAAGCAUCUGAGUGGGGAAAGCAUUGGAGCUGUGUGUCACACUUGAAUGACUUGAGGCAGAGAGGAUGCCAAGUGUUGCAUGAUGUGAAUGUGCAUGACAUGCACCGGCAUUAUUUCCUGAGUUGGAAAAAAUUUGAUGUUAUCAUCUUCAACUUUCCUCAUGCUGGGCAUUACCCUGGCUUCGGAGAAAGUCAUCCUCGGGUCAUUGAUGCUCGAGUUAUGCUUCGUCCUGGUGGUGAAAUUCAUGUGACAACCAGGGAUGACUACCCUUAUAACACAUGGCAUGUGGACAGCCCUGCUUCAUCAGCAGGGCUGUUUUUGACAGAGAAAGUGUGGUUCGAAAAGUCUGACUACCCUGGCUAUCACAAUAGGAGAGGCGGUGACAUUGACAGCAACGAAACAUUUGCACUGGGAGAGAGUUACACCUUCAAGUUUGAAGCUAAACCUUAUUGUAUGUAUUAG